AUGGGACAAGCUGAUUCCAACAUUAUGGGAUGGGAACUUGGUCCUGACUGGACUGAGUUGACUCAAGAAUGUCUCCUCGACAUCUUCUCACGGCUGAGCCUAGAAGAAAGAUGGACAGGACCGAUGUUCGUCUGCAAGACCUGGAUGAACGCGUGCCAAGACCGGUCGGUCAACUCGGUCUUCGAUCUUGAAGCCAAAUUUCAGACCCUCCCGAGUUCAACCAGCUGGUGGUGGGAUCCCGAGUUUGGGGACAAGAUCGAUUCUGUCAUCCGGUCUGUUGUAGAUUGGAGCGAAGGCGGUCUAAAGGAGGUUCGUGUCAGGCAUUGUACGGAUAGCUCUAUCUCGUACAUCGCCAAGAGGUGUCCUAAUCUCGAGGUACUUUCAGUUAAGUAUUGUCCUAAGGUUACAGAUGACUCGAUGUUGCACAUAGCCUUAAUGUGCCCUAAGCUCAAGGAACUUGAUAUUAGCUUCUCCUACAAAAUAUCAUGUGUGUGUGUGGAUAUGGUUGGCAAGAACUGCAAGAACAUUCAGACUUUUAAACGGAAUUUGAUGGAUCCAGCCGAGGUCAUGAGGUUAGAGCUCACUAGGUCCGUGCUUAGUAACUAUCUGAAGGAUCCAUCUAUCUUCUUGAUAUAUGGGAAUAUUGAUGCUCAUGUAAUUGGGAAACACAUGCAUCAGCUGAAGCACUUGGAACUUCGAUUCUCCACAUUGUCUAAUAAUGGUCUUGCCCAACUUUGUGAAGGAUGUUCUAAUCUAGAGUAUCUGGACUUGUCGGGGUGUAGUAAAUUGACUAGCGAUGGCGUUACUAACAGUAUCUCUAACUUAAAGCAUUUGAAGGAGAUCAAGAAACCAAGUUUCCCAGCUUUAUUAUUUGAUUGAGUUCGUAUAGUUUUUGUUACUACUUUUUUUUUCGGUUUUCUUGUAUUUUCUUUUGUUAAUUAUAUUUGGCAACAACUACAAACUCAAC